AAUAAUGCUGAAGGAGGAAGUCCUCAUCGCUUUCUGCUUUGGAAGAUUCAGAAUCCUCAGAAACCCCCCUCCAAUCCCACACUCUGUAACAGUGGCCAACGCAAAACCCUCUUUACAUAUUUUCAUCGUUUCCCCACUCUCCCUUUCCUCCAUCUUCCAAUUCUGCUCAAGAAAAUGGAUUUCCAAGUCGUCGUGCUAGCCGGCGGAACUUCGAAAGAACUUGUUCCUCUUGUCUCCAAGGAAGUGCCAAAACCUUUGCUCCCCGUGGCCAACCGUCCGGUUCUAUCUUACGUGCUAGAGCAAUUAGAGCUCAGCAACCUCAAGGAUCUCAUUGUGGUUGUUGAAGGGGAAGAUGCAGCUCUACGUGUUGGUGGAUGGAUUUCAGGAGCUUAUGUGGACCGCCUGCAUGUUGAGGUUGCUGCAGUUCCUGAGGAUGUUGGAACUGCUGGUGCUCUCCGGGCCAUCGCACGCCACUUGACAGCAAAGGACAUUUUGGUUGUGAGUGGUGAUCUUGUUUCUGAUGUUCCUCCUGGUGCUGUUGCAGCUGCCCAUAGAAGGCAUGACGCUGUAGUCACUUCAAUGAUCUGUUCUACACCAGUCAGCGGGCCUGUAGAAUCUGGAUCAGUUGGUGCUAAGGACAAGAUAAAGAAGCCCAGGCGAUUCAACAUUAUUGGGCUGGACCCUACAAAGCAAUUUUUGUUGUACAUUGCCUCAGGAGCUGAAGUUGAAAAGGAUCUUCAUAUCGCCAAGAGUAUUCUUCGUGCUGUUGGUCAGAUGGAUAUACAAGCCGAUCUUAUGGAUGCCCAUAUGUACGCGUUCAAGAGGGCUGUUCUGCUGGAGGUUUUAGAACAAAAACAAAACUUUCACAGCUUGAGACACGAUGUACUACCUUAUCUUGUUAGGACCCAGCUGAAAUCAGAGAUUCUACUGAAUGGUACACCACAAGCAGAAGAAAAUGGACAUGAUAAGGUCACUUCUGAGAGCAACCAAACUAUAAUAUCUCAAAUAUUGGCCAACGCUUCUACACCAAGAUUCCAUGAAGUUUAUGAAUCAAUUCAAAAUGGAUCUCCAACAGUACAAAGAACUCAUAAAUGUUGUGCUUAUAUUGCCAGCAACAGCAAGUAUUGUGCACGCUUAAAUUCCAUUCAAGCAUUCAGUGACAUUAACCGUGAUGUCAUAGGUGAAGCCAAUCAUCUCUCUGGAUAUUCCUUCUCUGUUCAUAACAACAUCAUACAUCCUUCAUCAGAGCUGGGAUCAAAGACUACUGUGGGGCCUCAUUGUAUGUUGGGUGAAGGAUCAUUAAUGGGUGACAAAUGCAGUGUAAAGCGCUCUGUUAUUGGUCGCCACUGUAGGAUAGGUUCCAAUGUUAAGAUUGUUAAUUCAGUUGUCAUGGACCAUGUUACCCUCGGAGAUGGCAGUUCAAUCCAAGGUUCGAUAGUUUGCAGCAAUGUUCAGAUCCAAGAGCGGGUUGUACUAAAAGACUGUCAGAUUGGAGCAGGCUUUGUGGUCUCCGCAGGCAGUGAACACAAGGGAGAGUCCUUAACUAGGAAAGAGAAAUAGAGUUUAUAAGGAAUGAUGUUGGGGGUUAAAAAAAAAACAGUGGAUAACCCCUUGGUAGAAGAACCAGAAAUGCCUUUAUCACAGUGAACCGUGAUGUAGAUCACGGUUGGAAUUUUUGGGUGGCUAAUGCUGUUGCUAGAGGUUUAGGUGAUCACAGAGAUAUCGAGCUUCGUAGUGGUGUGUGGUUAACAGCAUUCCAGCUCUCCUAGUGUUGGGUGGUAUUCUUUCUUCUGCUAUGCCUUUUCAUGAGAAUUGAUGUGUGCGGCCUGUGACUAAUCUAUCCAAACAUCCUGUAUUUUGUGAUAGAUUAGCAUCAAUUUUGUCCCAUCUUUGUAAUACACCUUAUUCGACAUCUACUGAUUGUGUAGUGGAAGUAUUGAUCAUUUUCAAUCUUCUGGCUCUCGUUCGUGUUCCUUUUUAGUCACGCCUGGUUGAAUCGAACUACUUCAAUACAUAUAAUGAAUGUUACUGAAUUGG